UCUAGCUGCAGCUGCACGCUCCCGUUGCCUACUACGUGGAAGCACACUGGGGGAGCCCUAGAGCCUCAGCCGGCCGUCUGCCUUGGGACUGGGACUUGACCACUUAUCACUUUGUCGCCGUCGCCGUCACCGUCACCGUCACCGCCAACCAGCAUCCUCCCUCCCCCCUCCCCCUGAGAUCCGCCUUGGGCCAUCAUCCCCUCUUUCUCAAACUUCCCAUCCUGACCUAUCUCGCCGCCUAAAACGAUGGAUGCAAACACCCGCUGGAACCCUCCCACCUAAACAUCCACCCAUCCACCAUCCAUUAUCCACCUCCACAUCUGUCCCGAUCCGAACUUCUUGACAAACAACACUCGACACUACUUGCUUGACCUUGACUUGUUUCUCGAUAGCCAUCCUGCAACAUUACAACACAUUAACAACCUACCUACCUACCUACUACACAAUAUCCCCGUACCGAUGUAAAGGCCAUUGUCCCGACCCCAACCUCCAUCCUUAGCCGCAGCAAUGCAUCAACAAUCCCGUCACCCGCCCCGGGUGUCCUCCCCGGCAUCUUCUCCCCAGACAAACCCCACACGUACCAACAACCCGAGGGACCGCAUCCGCACCGGCUCGGACGCCGCAGCCCCGGGCAGUCCUCCGGCAUCUUCUGGCGCCGAUACUCCCCGGGAGACCAUCAAGAAGCUGGACCAGAUCAUCCAGAACGUCUACCUCAAAGCCGCUGUGCUCAUUCUAGGGUCUCGCGUGAACCUUGGGCCGACUUCCCGCCGGAACGCCGAUGGGACCAAGGUGGUGAACAAAUGGUUUUCUCUAGACACCGACGAUACCGAUGAUUUUCGGCAUGAACUUCGAGUAUACAAGACGUCCGGCUCUUUCGAGAGCCCUCCGCCGCCCCUAGUCAUCGAGACGUACAUCGAUGCCUCCAGCUUAAAUAGCAGCCAGAGCCUGGUGCUCAUCGACGACAACGGAAAGAGGUGGGAUGUUUUGGAAGCCCUGAAUCCUUCAGAAACAAGUGACGAUGGAUUUGGAAGCCGACGACCGCGAGCGCAGAAUACCGAGGUCGUCCUGGAGCGGUGGGCGAUUGAGCUCAAAGAUUUAUCAACAAACGGCCUUGGCGAUUUUGCCCCAACAUUACCGACAUUAUACAAGAGGGCCAUCAUGUUCUUUCGCACACUUUUUGUGGCAACACGCGUCACGCCCUGCUGGAAGUACUCGCAACAAGCGCUCGCCAAGGGAGUCCAUCCGGCACUUCAAGUCAAGUGUCGGGUGUCGACUGCAGAGCCCGAGUAUCUCACCACAUAUGACCCAUUACGACAGCCACUCCGCGAGGGAGAUGGGAGGGAGGCGGUGACCACAUAUGAUUUUGGAGAUCUUGACAUCCCCGUGGGCCGAUUUUCCGCCUCGGUCACUUAUCGAAACGAUUGCAACUUUCGGGUAGACGCUUCAGAAUCGUUGCUGAGCUCGCGCUUCAUGGUGGAGGAGAACUUCUUUAGGCCAACCAUCCAGCACCUGUCACGCAGGCAUGGAAGAUCGGACACGUAUGCCGAGCCGGGCUCACUCCCAGCUCACAGGCUCGGUCGUGAAACGCCGGGUCCCCAGCAGACGUAUGGCAGUCUGUCCACCUUCCAUGGCGAAGGGGCGCUGGGAACAAGCCCCAUCACUGCACUGAGACAGGUCCGCCCUAUUGGAUCCGACACGAGCUCCCCAUCAGAGUCUACUUCAGCCAGCGUGGAGCGGCCAAGUGCGCCACAUUCAUUACCUAUCCGUGGCGCUCUGACCCGACCUCCGUUGAGAACUGGGGAGGAAGGCUCUCGGAGGCCAUCCGUUUCUUUCCAGCCGUUCAAAGCUGGCUCAGUUUCAGGCUCUCCCAGACUUGCGGAUGCAGACGUGCCACCGUCCCCGCAAUCACUAUCGCGCCCGUCAGGACUCAGCCAGUUUAGUCGGUCUGGCAAUCGAUCAUCGCUGACAGCCGGAAUGGCUGCAUCAUUGCGGGGUCCCUCUGUACCUCCACAGGAUGUGCCUGUGGUGUCGGGAUCGCCCAAGCCUGGGAACCGGUACAGCAGCAGCUUUACUCACCGACGAGGGCGCCUUUCAUUUGGCGGGCAGAGCAGGGGCGAUGACGAUCAGGCCAGCAGCGGGAAGCAGAGCUUGUCAUCAUCCGCUCAACCUGGAUCGGGCCUUCUGACCGAAGCCGGAGGUAUCGCCAGCUCGGGUUCUUUUGUGACUGAUGACGAUAACAUCUCGGAAUUUCUCAAGGCCCUGGACAGCCACAAGACGCUCAAAAGCUUCGAAGUCAACAGCAAGGGCGAGUCCUCGGCCUCCAAGAGGACGGCCAACCAGCUGUCCAAGUAUCAGAUGAUGCGGGAAACGAACAAUGCCCUGACAGACUCGAUGGCGUCGUCGAUGCAUCUGCAGCGUUCUUCCAGCACGUCAAGCCGCCAACUCGGCAACGUGCCCAGCAUGGCAAACCCGGCUUCCAUGUCGACGUCUACCUCUCCUGGCAAGCCACUCUCGCCACACACCCCUCACACGCCAGCGAUUCCGUCUCGGCUGAGUGAGAAUUCUAUUAUUGAUUAUCAAGCUCCGGGGCAGGUGACCCGCCGUGCUGGUAGGAGUUCUGGUGUCACUGUUGCCGAGGAAGACGAAGCCGAAGAUAUGGAGACUCCUGUCGCGCAGGAGGGCGGGCGAGGCACGGGUGCUAUUGACAUUCCGCUAUCGCCCAGGUUGUACCAUGUAGGCAACCCGAACCGGCGAUCUAGCUCGGUGGUGCAGCAGCACCGUUCACUGGCGGCUGAUGUGGAUUCGUAUCCUGGCCAGCGCAGCGCCAGUGUUGAGGCGGGUGCAGACAAGGAUGUACCGACAUUGAGCACGCUGCUUGCCUAUCAGGGAGGUGCAGGCGGGCAGAGUUCUACUGCGGCAGAAGGCAGUAGCGCGGGAAACAAGGAUGGGAGUGAGAGUCUAGGAGAUGUGCCGCCGGCGGCUAUCGCCAGUCCUUUCGGUGGUCGGGGCGUGCGAUAUCCCGUCAGGACGAAUAGGCCAAACUCAUUUUCAUCGGCGAGGCUGGGCACCAGUGUGGAUGGCCCGGCGGAAGAGCCGUUGCUCUUUGAACUGAGUGAAUUGGGACCUGGGAGGAGGAGCCUAGAGGACGGAAGUAAUGAACGGGAACCGGGGUUGCGAGGAGUUUUGAGGAAAGGAUGGUCAUGAUCUUUUCCUGAGUUGUUUGAUUGGUCAUGUCAACUGUGGGCUACCUUUUUGUUUCUCUGGCGUUGCAAAGUGGAUUGUAUGUUAUGGGGGACUUAGGGGGGGGAUCAGGACAGGAACAACAGCGAGCGAUUGCUUUUUAACAUGGGGUUUGGUUUGUUUGAGUUAUGUCUCCAGAAAGAAUGAGAUGCUAGGGAUAUUAGGGAUUGGUGAGGUUGGGAUGGGUGGGUGGCAAAGAGAUUGUGAAAACCAAACAAACAGCAAGAAGAGGAACGGCAUAGCAUCGGAGCGAGCACAUGGAUGUUUGGAAGCGAUAGAGAUGGAGGAUGCAUGGAGCAUCAGCAUGAGGUGUAUUUACAAAUGGCAUUUGUAUACACCAUAUAUUUCUAUUAUUGUAUUGUAUAUGAUCUGGUGGGGGGUGUGUG